AUGGCGCUCAACGGUUCUGGCGUUUACCACCGCACCCGAGAGCACGAAGUAGAAGACGCCUCAAGCAUCACCAAAAACUUCCUUGCCGAAUCAUGGAGAUCCUGGCCCAACGAAGCUGCCUUUGACCGCCUUGAAGAACAUCGAGGUCCUCUGCGUCUCACCAUCAAAGGAUCCAUCCCUUCCUGGGCCGCUGGUACACUCUACCGUACCGGCCCAGGUCAAAGCCGCGUGGAAGACACAGCUCGCGGAACACAUUUUACAACACACUGGUUUGAUGGAUUUGCCCAGACACAUCGCUUCGACAUUGUACCCUCUGAAGAUGGCGAGACGCAAGUGUGGUAUUCGUCAAAACGACAGUCAGAUGAAUGGGUCACUGAUGUCAAGAAGAAAGGAUGGCGGUCGGGCAUGACCUUUGGUCAAAGGGCCGAUCCUUGUGUUGGAAUCUUUGCAAAAAUCAUGACUAUCUUUGAACCAAAGCUGGGAAACCACAAUGUUGCCCUUUUGGCUAACAUCCCUGGUGUGCUGGAUGACGAGAAAGAGGUAGACGAGAAAGCAAAUGGUAUCACUGGCCCUCUUGGGCAUCGUGUGAACAAUCUCUUCGUUGCAACAGACUAUUCUGGAAUGCGUCGAAUCGACCCAUCUACUCUCGAACCUCUGGGAGAGACCACGCAGAGCCAUCUUCACCCUUCUCUCAGCGGUCCCUGUUCAUGCGCCCACGCCCAGCGCGAUCCCGUCUCAGGAGACUUGUUCAACUUCAACCUCGCCUUUGGCCGGGUACCUACCUAUCGAAUCUUUCGAGUCGAUGCUGCCUCAGGAAAGACUGAGAUUCUUGCUACAAUUUCUGAUGUCAAUGCUCCUCCUGCGUAUAUGCACAGUUUCUUCCUUAGCGAAAACUACGUCAUCUUGUGCAUACCUGCAUCGCAAUUUGCAUGGAGAGGACUCAAGACGCAAUGGGAGGGUAAUAUUAUCGAUUCAAUGAAACCGUUUGACAAAAACAGAGAUUGCAAGUGGCUCGUGGUUGACCGGCGACAUGGAAAGGGGCUUGUGGCAACUUUCUCAACACCAGCUGCCUUCUUCUUCCAUAGCAUCAACGCAUUCGAAGAAAAGGUCAAAGAUGAACAAGGCAAUGAGCGUACACAGCUCUUUGUCGAUUUUGCAAAGUACGACAACAUGGACAUUAUCAAGGGUUUUUACUACGAUGUUAUCAUGGACCGUAACGACGCUACUAAGAAAUACUGGUUCGAGAACGAACGCUACAAGAACUGCGCACCGACUCUUACAAGAUAUUCUUUCACCCUGCCUCUGGAUCCUACGCCUGAUAUGUCUUUUGCAUCUAAAGGUGAACAAACCCUCUCCAUUCUCAGCCCACAUACAGGCGAACUUCCUUCCAUUCACCCCAUGCGCGUUGGCAAACCCUACCGCUACGUCUACAGCGCUGCAUUGCGUGGUAUGUCAACCAUAUUGGAUUCGCUAGUCAAAACAGAUUUGAAGACAGGCGAUGCGCUGCUAUGGUCGGGACCCCGAGGCCACACGCCUGGAGAGCCUGUCUUUGUUCCCAGACCGGGAGCAGAGGACGAGGAUGAUGGAGUAAUUUUUAGUUUGAUCGUUGACGGAGGCGCCGAAACAGCGUAUAUCGUAUGCUUGGACGGCAAGACGAUGGAAGAAAUGGGAAGGGCAGAAGCUGAUUUUGCCAUUGGACAGGGAUUCCAUGGCAUUCAUAUACCCGCCGCUUAG